AAAGAACUAUUAAUGAUUGAAGUAACCGAGUGAUCAAAGGUGGGCGGUGUUCUGUUUAUUCCACUCUCUUCUCACUUCUCUCUUUCUUUCUCUCAUUUUCUCUCUCUUCUUUCAUUUCAUUUCAUUCCAUCUUUUUCUAUUAAUAACCCACUCUCUUAAAUCACUCAGAUUUGCACCUCAACGCACGUUUUUCUUCUUCAUCUCACAAUCAAAUACCAUACUACCCAGAAAAAGAAACCCAUUAAUAUGCAUUCCAUUCUCCCUCCUUUUUCUUCUUAGAUAACCCAGCAAAUUACAAAAUCACAUCCAAAAAAAAUCACAAAAUCACAAAAAAAGAAGAAAAGAAUUAAAAAUGGAAAAGUAUGAAGUAGUGAAACAAUUAGGAGCUGGGAAUUUUGGAGUUGCUCGACUUAUGCGACACAAAGAAACCAAAGAGCUUGUAGCCGUUAAAUACAUCGAACGUGGUCAUAAGAUUGACGAGAAUGUGGCAAGAGAGAUUAUCAACCACAGAUCGCUCCGUCAUCCUAAUAUUAUUCGAUUUAAGGAGGUGGUUUUGACACCAUCUCAUCUGGGAAUUGUGAUGGAAUAUGCUGCCGGUGGUGAACUUUUUGACCGGAUUUGCACUGCUGGUCGUUUUAGCGAAGAUGAGGCUAGAUAUUUCUUCCAGCAACUGAUCUCAGGUGUCAGCUUCUGCCAUUCCAUGCAAAUUUGCCAUAGAGAUUUGAAAUUGGAAAACACAUUGUUGGAUGGAAGUGCGGCACCUCGCCUGAAGAUAUGUGACUUUGGCUAUUCCAAGUCCUCUCUUCUGCAUUCAAGGCCUAAAUCCACGGUAGGGACUCCAGCAUACAUAGCACCUGAAGUACUUUCGAGGCGAGAAUAUGAUGGCAAGUUGGCAGAUGUGUGGUCUUGUGGAGUGACCCUUUAUGUUAUGCUGGUUGGAGGAUAUCCCUUUGAAGACCCUCAGGAUCCGAAGAACUUCAGGAAGACAAUUACUAGGAUUAUGGCUGUUCAAUACAAAAUCCCAGAAUAUGUUCAUAUAUCACAAGAUUGCAAGCAUUUGCUUUCCCGAAUUUUUACUACCAAUCCAACAAGGAGAAUUAGCAUCAAGGAAAUCAAAAGUCAUCCAUGGUUUUUGAAGAACCUCCCGAAAGAGCUAACAGAACCAGCUCAAGCCGCCUACUACCAGAGAGAUAACCCAAGCUUUGCUUCUCUACAAAGUGUGGAAGAGAUCAUGAAAAUUGUGGGCGAGGCAAGAAACCCUGCUCCUGUAGCAAGGACUGUCCCAGAGUGGGAGGGUGAGAAUGAAGACGAGAAUAACGAAGGUGUAGAAGAAGCAGAAGAGGAAGAGGAAGAUGAAGAGGAUGAGUAUGAUAAGACGGUGAAACAGGUUCAUGCAAGCGGAGAGUUUAUUAUCAGUUAAGGUGACAUUAUUUGGUAUUAUAGUCUCAUGUUCCAUAAUAUUUCAGUUUCUCAAAUGUGUGCAUAGACAACAUAAGCUAGUGCUCCCCCAAUUUCAAAAGGAUUUAAGAUGUUUGUGGCUGUAACUUUGUAUUAAUAUCUAGUAUGUAUUAAGGAUGAGAGCACAAAAAGCUGGUACAAUUAUGUGCUUCAAUAUCUAUAUUGUUGAAAUCUGUUGAAACUAUUUUUGUGGACAUUGAAAGUAUUACGAUUUUCUUUUGACAA